GUAACCUCUUUAAACUAUGGUCCGUUCCAAGAAGCAGUCGACACCUGAAGAGGAGAAAUUGGUGUCCAAAUUCCUCAAAGAAGAUGCUGUCACCACAUGCAAAAUGAAAGCUAAAAACGGUCUCAAAUGGCAUGAAAUCCCUGUGCCUGCCUGUGUACAGGUGCAACCUAUCCUUGCCAAACUGCGCGAAGUCAAACAAGUUUUUGAAGACUAUAUUGAGUCUGAACACGAACCCUGGAAACUUUCAAUGGCUGAAAGUGAGGAAAUUGAAAAGGUUCGCAAGGACAAUGUAUUUGGUGAAGAAGUGACCGAAUCCGAAAUGGAUAUCAUUCAAAAACGCGUCGCGCUCCAGCAACGUCAGUUUGCUGAAUUUGAGCGAAGAGAAAACGACCGCAAGUCGAAAAAGAUCAAGGCCAUUUAUGAUUAUCUGACCAGCGAAGAAAUUGAUGAAAUGCUCAUCGAUUGCGAGCACGAUGAGGAUGAAGUCAUUGUCCGCUUGACUCAAAAUGGUUAUCUCUUGGGAAUCCGUAAAAUCAUUGCUACAAAGCAUGCGCCUGAAGUAGAAACCAAACACAACCUCAUGAGCGAAGAACAACAAGAAGCCUAUAAGCAGCUCUUGAAGAAGCGUUCUGAAACCCUCAAAAAGACGACCAAUGACACGGCAAAGAAGCAAUAUCGAAUGGGAGGUCGUUUGGCCUUGGACGAUGCUCUGAAACAAGUGCAGGAAAAUCAGGUGGAUCUGGAGAAAGCGUUUGAAGGCUGGUCGCAAGCGCGAAUUCGGGCGUAUCAAAUGAUCGAUCAGAACCCCAACAGUUACUACUACCGUUUCAAUGCGCCAGGCGAGGUGCAACGGAAAGGACAAUGGGCGGAUGAUGAAAGAGAAAUAUUUUUCAAGCGUCUGGAAGAAGUGGGCGCCAAUGGCCAAUGGGGCAUUUUUGCCAUGAAAGUGCCUGGCCGUGUUGGAUAUCAGUGCUCCAACUUUUACCGUUUGUUGGUAGAAACGGGUGAAAUCAACGAUCCAAAUUACGUGUUGGAUGAAAAGGGCAAAGCCCAUUAUCUGUUUGACAAGAAAACGGCGACUGGCGAAGUCGAAAAGACGUUCCGUACACACAGCAAGCAUGGUGGUGGACGUGCGACGGCCAGUUCCUCUUCGGGCACCCGACGUCGAGCUUCUCCGUCUGGGGAAAAGAAGACUCCGAAAAAAAGAAAGAGAAACACUCGAGGAUGGAACAGCGACGAUGAUGAUGAAGAGGACGACUUUGAAGAUUACAAUGACGAUUCCGGUACAUUCACCAUGAGCAUGCGCACCACGCGACGAACACGUGCACGUAUGGAUGCGGAAGGAACGGUCAACGAUGAUACCAACAACCAAGAAGCCGAUGAACUUGACAGUGAUGAAGACCUGAACCUUGAUAAUCCAUUGCCAGGAUUUAUUGAUCCCAUCACUUUGGAUGAAGUAGUGAAGCCCGCCAUUUCCAAAUAUGGCCAUGUGAUGGGUUAUGACAGCUGGGUCCGUUGCUUGACCAACUGGGAGGGAAAGAAGAAUAUCUGCCCGCUUACGAAGAAACCGCUCACCAAGCGCGACCUUGUUAUUUUGACGCAUGAAAAUAUUGAGGAAUACAGAUCCCAAAUCCUCAACGUCUAAAAGGAUGGUCACCUUUUUAGAAAUGUAUAUAACCCAUCGCCCAUCGAUUUGCAUUGAAUAAAAGCGUUCAAAAAAAGAAUGAUUCGAAAAAG